AGCACCUGAAUCAUAAUGAGCAGAACAAGCAAGGAGGUGGGCAGGGCCAAUUUACGAACUAGUGAGAUCCUAUUUACGCGUUGUAGCAUUUAUUUGUAUAUUUCCGUUAGGGGAUGCCUACUCAAUGAAAUUCGCAAUAACUUAAACGCAACAACAACAACAAAAAAACUUCCGCAAAGGGCUCCAUCGAAGGAUGCGGUGCGGCAGCUAUGUGCUGACAGUUUCCCUUCUGGAGCCCCUGAGUCAUGGCGACUCGCGGAAAGUACAGCAGGGACCCUGUCUGUAUCUGCCAUCGAGGCAAAGGAGCUUAUUGCAGCCCUGCACACCCUUUCUCACCACAUCCUGUUCCAUAACCUGACAGCGCCAGAGCAGAUCCUUGUACUAUUCCCCAAGUCAUUCCACCCCAGCCUCAAGAUCCUCAUUACCAAGAUUAUGCUUGAGCACAGCCCCACAUGGAGAAAUGAGGCUCUGUCUAAUCAAAUUUCGCUGCCCCAUCUAGUGGAGAUGGACUGGAGAGUCGACAUGAAGACUGCAUCUGACUCGGUCAGUCGCAUGGCUGUGCCCACCUGCCUGGUGCACAUGAAGGUGGAGGACUCCAGCUGUCUAAGGGGAAGUGGCGCUCUCUCAUCGGUCACGGUGGAGUUGAGCAAGGAAACUCUGGACACCAUGCUGGACGGCCUGGGCCGGAUCCGUGACCAAUUGUCAGUGGUGGCCGGAAAAUGAGACCCCUCACCAGAAUGGCCACACCGGAGGCCUUGGGUGCAUCAUUCUCGAUACUCUAAAGUGACUUUCACUCAUCUCCUCUCAUUUAUCUGCACAAAUCUGAAAACAGAGAAAUCAAUUAUGGGUGCCCAUUUUCUACUAAUCGACAUAAGUCUAAAAUGUAAACACUUGAUAAAGUGGCUCACACGACGUCAGUGACACUGCCAGGGUAUCAGCCACAAAAGUUGUGUGUCAGUGCCGUUUUAAGGAAGGUGGGAAAGAAGAGGUAGCAAUUUUAGACAUGGGCUAAAAGAUGGGAAAAGGAGAAGAGACUCGUUCCUCUAGUCCCGGGGGGAAGAAACAAACAAGUACACACAAUCCCAUCAUUAGCACUGAUCUGGUAGUGCCACGACAUUCCUCCUUGUUCUGUCAGUAGAGUCAAGAGGGUCUUUUGAAUUCAAUGUUUAUGUCAAUAAAUGAAGAGAUUAAUGCUGAA